AUGGAAUUAUUACUUGAUGCUUGUGAUGAUGAGUAUGGUGGAGUGGUAGUUGAUCAUGGAAAGUUACCAUCAAAUCCAAGCGCUUUCGCUUCAAUGCUUCGAAAUUCUCUCUCGGAUUGGAGAAGAAAGGGAAAGAAGGGAGUUUGGUUGAAGUUACCUGUGGAACAAUCAGAAUUAGUUCCAAUUGCUGUAAAGCAAGGAUUUGAGUAUCAUCAUGCAGAGAAAGGAUAUGUGAUGUUAACUUAUUGGAUACCAGAGGAAGAGCCUUGUAUGCUUCCUGCAAAUGCUUCACAUCAAGUUGGUGUUGGAGGCUUUGUACUGAACCAACAUAAAGAGGUGCUUGUGGUGCAAGAAAAGUAUUGUACUUCAUCGAAUACAGGUCUAUGGAAAUUACCAACUGGAUUUAUUAACGAGUCAGAAGAGAUUUUCACUGGUGCUGUAAGAGAAGUCAAGGAAGAAACAGGGGUAGAUUCAGAGUUCUUAGAGGUUAUAGCUUUCAGACAUGCUCACAACGUUGCGUUUGAGAAAUCUGAUCUGUUCUUCAUCUGUAUGUUGAAGCCACUCUCUGAUAAGAUCAUCAUCGACAAUCUUGAGAUCAAAGCCGCGAAGUGGAUGCCAUUGGUGGAGUUUGUGGAGCAGCCGAAGAUAAAAGGAGACAAAAUGUUUAAGAGAGUUAUUGAAAUCUGUGAGGCGAGAUUGAGACAUCGUUACUGUGGUCUUUCUCCUCAUCGACUUGUCUCUACUUUUGAUGGCAGACCUUCCUCUCUCUAUUACAACGUUGUUGAUGGUGAUGAUGAUUCUUCCCACUCCAAUUGUACCGCUGAUUUUUAUUAA